AGCUCCAGCCAGAGGGAGACCCGCCGUUUCCGUCGCGUGUGCGUCUCCGGCGCGCACUCGGGGAGCCUGCGCUUUACGCACGGGGAGGUGUAAUCCGAAGCCGCCGGUUUAAAUAAAGCGCAGCCUUGCUGCCUUUUUACAAGGGAGAGGUUGCCAACGUCAGAUCUCUUGCGCUGCUCUUUUCCGAGGAGGUUUCUUCUUCCCUACGCAGAGGAAAGCGUUAACAGGAAGGGGGGAGAAAAGAGAGCAAAAAUGAUGAAUGGGACGCAGACGCUGGAUAGCCUGUGCGACCACACACUGAAUGAAGACGAAGGGACGUUCAUGUUUACAUCGGAAUCGGUAGGGGAAGGACACCCAGAUAAGAUAUGCGAUCAGAUCAGCGAUGCCGUGCUCGAUGCCCACCUGAGGCAAGAUCCAAACGCCAAGGUUGCUUGUGAGAGUGUGUGCAAAACAGGAAUGGUGCUGCUCUGCGGGGAGAUCACAUCCAGAGCGGUGGUGGAUUACCAGCAGAUCGUCCGAGACACAAUUAUGAACAUAGGCUAUGAUGAUUCAGCUAAAGGCUUUGACUACAAGACUUGUAACGUUCUUGUUGCAUUGGAGCAACAGUCGCCCGAUAUUGCCCAGGGCGUGCAUCUGCACAGGUCGGAGGAAGAAGUUGGUGCUGGGGACCAGGGCCUGAUGUUUGGCUAUGCCACCGACGAGACAGAAGAAUGUAUGCCCUUGACCAUCAUGCUUGCUCACAAACUGAAUGCCAAAAUGGCCGAGCUGAGGCGCAACGGGGUCCUCCCUUGGCUUAGGCCGGACUCCAAAACCCAGAUCACAGUUCAGUACGUCCAGAAAGAUGGUGUCGUCGUCCCAGUGCGUGUCCACACCAUUGUCAUCUCAGUGCAGCACGAUGAGACCAUCUCUCUGGAUGCCAUGCGCAAGGCCCUGCAGGAGCAUGUCAUUAAGGCUGUGGUUCCACCCAGAUACCUAGAUGACAAUACAGUCUACCAUCUUCAGCCCAGUGGCCGGUUUGUUAUUGGAGGACCACAGGGGGACGCUGGAGUUACUGGACGGAAGAUCAUUGUGGAUACUUACGGCGGAUGGGGAGCCCAUGGGGGUGGGGCUUUUUCGGGCAAAGACUACACAAAGGUGGAUCGGUCAGCAGCAUAUGCAGCCCGGUGGGUUGCCAAAUCCUUGGUGAAAGCCGGGCUUUGCCGCCGUGUCCUGGUCCAGGUUGCCUAUGCCAUUGGCGUGGCUGAGCCACUCUCCAUCUCGCUGUUCACGUAUGGUACCUCCACAAAGCCCGAACAAGAGCUGCUAAACAUCGUACACCAGAAUUUUGACCUCCGGCCAGGCGCUAUUGUGAAGGAUCUGGAUUUGAAGAAGCCCAUCUAUCAGAGGACCGCCUGUUACGGCCACUUUGGGAGAAGCGAAUUCUCUUGGGAAGUACCUAAGAAACUGGCCUUUUAACAAUCACGGUCCCAUCCCCUGAGCUUAAGGGGAGAGGACUCUGUUAUGAAAGGUGCUUCCACUGACCAUCCUGGAAAAUAGAGAAAAGUUGUUUUCAUGGAAAUCGACGCUGUUUGUACUCUUGACAUCUCACCACACGCACAUACAAAAGAUGUUUCCUAUUGCUGCUAUUUUUGUUUUGUUCCACUUAGAAAAGGCGCAACAUAGGACUUGGACCCACAAUCAAAACGAUGGAAUACCAGCCUUCACCCCGACUUCUCUCCGUUCUUCUGUUCAAAUGGGAAGAAAAUAUUCCCUCUGAUUUCCAUAAGCUACCUUACUACAACUGGACAAUUAGAAAUUAUGGGGUCUAAUUUCCUUUCUGCAAAUAUUUGGUACUGCAAAUAUUCCCUGGACUCUUGGUAUGGAAGAGGAUUUUGGGGCCUACAUUCGACACAUAUUACCCCAAAGGGUUCUGUCAGCUUUUUUUUCACCUGCCUGCUAUUCUCUUUCUUCUUCUUCUUCUUUUUUAAAAAGGAAACUCUUUUCUCUUUUAUAACAGCACCGUGGCAAAACAUUUUAGAUGGGUACAUGGCCAAUGCUGUUUAUCUAUGAGCUUACAUAUUGGUAAAGUUGCCGCAGCCCAUUCUAGGCAGGGCUGUUUUAUAUACAAAAUGUUAGACGAUUGCUUACAAGCCCCACGCCUCACCCCAUUGGCUGAGCUGCUGUGAUUUCAGGGAAUGCUUUAGCAGGUCAGGGGAGGAACAUUCGGCUAAGAUGGGAUGCAUGAGCCAAGCGGGAAGGAGUUCCAGAUGGGAGAUAGCUGAGCAAGAUAAGGAAUACUAGGCCAGCAAGCCUUUUCCAAAAACCCUCCAACUGCUAGAAGGAUGUUAUGAGGAUGAAAGCAAGCCUUUAGCAGCAAGAGAGUGGACCGUACCCUAGACCAAAAAUAGAAAUAGAAAUACUUUGUCACUGUACCACUUGUUUACAGUGAGAUUAAACAAGCCCCCCUUCCCCCAACAAUCUCUUAGUCCUUGUCACUCUGGGUGCUGUCGUACUACCACCAACCCCUAACGUCAGCAGCAAUGUUGCUGUCUUCCAUUCAGCAGCCUCAUGGCCCAUAGGUAGAAACUAUUCUUUAACCUGUUGGUGCGGCUUAUCAUGUUUCUAUAUCUCCUGCCCGAGGGCAGGAGAUUAAAAAGGUGCUGGCCAGGAUGUGGGUCAUCCCUGAGAAUGUUCCUUGCUUGGUCUAGCAGACUCAGGGGACAUCCUGUGCUGUCUUCACCACCCUCCGUAGGGCCUCUCUGUCCAUGGCUGUCAAACCAGCGUGCCACACCGUAAUGCAGUAUGAGAGAACACUUUCUGUUGUGGGCUGAUAGAAGGAAAUCAUCAGUUGCUGUCCAACCUUGUUCUUUCUCGAGAAGGAAGGGAAACAGUGCCGGCCCCUUCACUGUGUGGAGAGGUAUAAAUGAAGGCAAAAGUCGUUGGCCAGGCAGUGUGGCCCAUAGGGGAAUAGAUUCGGGAUCCUCUUCAGAGAGGAAAAUGUCUAGCACUGAAUGGAAGAUGGUGUGGGAGCUCCGUGGAGGAAGUGCAACAGAUAAGCAAGAGCGCUUUGUGUUUUAGAAAGCUAUGUAACGAGUGAGGUGGGUGGGCAAGUGGAAGGCCUGAAUUUAGCAUUGAUACGAACCAAUCAUCCAGGCUGGAUGCCCAUAGCUUUUGCCUUUCAUGGUGCCAUUGAAAGAAGGGGGUUCAGAAAGUUCAGUUUCCCCCCUGCAUCUCAGUGUUACCCAAUUGUACCAGAAGAGCCUUCUGUCCGGAUUCUUGACGGAACAACAGCCCUCUCUGGAAUGGGAUCUGGCACUUCUCAUGCAUCAGCAGUUCAGGAUCUUAAUCUCUGUAUUUUACUGUGUAAAAGCAUCAUGUACACUGAUGGUGCUAUAUAAAAUUAAUUAUAACUAUAAUUUAAUAAUAAUUAAUGGCUGGCACUUAACCUGAUCUCAGCAUCCUCAUGUGCACAGUUUGCUAGAAAUGCUGUUUCUUCAACACUGGAAAAACUUGAUAUCCUAUCAGUGCCUUUGUACAGGCCUCUCUUUGCAUCCGGUUUGAGUUGUUCUCCCCCCACCCCAUAUAUACACUUUCCCAAGCGAUAGUCGCAACAAUUUGUAUGUCAAAGCGAAAGGCAUUAAAGCAUUCUGCCCCUUGCC